AUGAAUUUGGUCGUCCAACGGUUCAUUACGUGGGACGACCCACCUCCCCGCAGUCUUCUGCCAACCCAGUUUAUCUUGUCAGUAGUGCAGUACGAAACCAAGGUUAAAUCGCCAGCCAGCCGAAACGUGGCGGAACUAGUGGACCUAGAAUCUGACGAGGAAGAGGAGGACGAGGACGCGUUAGAGGACGGCGAGUUGGAAGACGACGUCGGCGCCAGCAACAAUGCCCGACGAGUGUUCGUAGACUCACAGGCAGUUCCACAAAACUCUCCUACGCGACCGGUGGCCCGUUCGGACCGGAGCUAUCGCGAAGGCGACGGCGAACGGCCUCGCGGCAGGAGUUCUCAGGAGCCACUCGGGUCGCCGGCGAACCGCGACGAGUAUCGCGGUGGGAAUGACCCAUAUCGCGGCGGCAACGACCACUACCGCGGUGGGCGCUACUACGGCGGCACCGACAAUUACCGGUCGCCCGUGGCGGCUUCGCGAGGUGGUCCGGAACGUGUGGAUCGUGCGGACCGUGUAAGCCGCAUGGGUGGGGACCGGUUUGACCGGGGAGACUACGAGGAAGACUACGACUGGGGUUCGUACGAUUCGCAGCGCGGACGCGGACCUCCGCGGCGCGAUGUCGUGGGUGCGAGACGCGGCGGCGACGUGAGUUCGGAAGAGUACUACUCUUCCGGACGUGUCUCCGGACGAACAGGGGGGCGCCCGGCAGGAUCUGGCCGUGCUCCCCCGCCUCCCUAUCGACAGCCACCUCCCAACUACCGACAGCAGCCGCCUCCAACCAGCUACCGACCCCAGCCCCCUCCCACGGUGGACUACCGACAAGUGUCUCGGAACUCCGGCUACCCCGCCACCCGCGGACCAGACCCCUCGCCACGACGGCCAGAACCAACGCGCCGAGUCGUCGGACCGGGCUCAUCACGACCUGACGCACCCCGUCCAGGUCCGCCUGGGUUCGGACCACACCCUGUGGGUGACAUAUAUGAGCAGGAGCCCCGACGGGUGACACGACUCAACAGCAGUCCCAGUGGUCCAGGUGGUCUCAGCACUACGGGUGGAAGUACCACGGGUGGAUCGUCUGCACUGGCCAUCAUUAUGCAGCAACAAAAGGAAAAAGAGAAAGCAUUUGCCAAGAAACAGGAAGAAGAGCUCACCAUCGACCCAAAGAUUCUGGCGGCCCGACUAAGGGCCAACCGCGCUCAGCCUGUGCGAGCUAAGCCGAUCAAGACCCGCAGGCGAUAG